AUGCGACCGCCAUGGCAGCCGCUGCCACUGCCCCGCCUCCUGCGCCCAUUGCUGCUCGGAAUCGCCUUUUUCUUGUCUUGCAUCACCACCCCGACGCUUGUUCGAGCAUGUACUACCAUUUUAGCAACCCCUGGCUCUACAGUCGAUGGCUCGACACUGAACUCACACAGCAAUGACGGUGAAGGGACUGUAGAUCCGAGGCUAGUGAGGAUAGCUGCAGCAGACCACGAACCCAACUCGUUGAGAGACAUAUUCUUUGCUUACGAGGAGUACCCUCGUUACAUCGGCUACAGCAGGAACGUCUCCGAGUACUUCCCUAGCAAAGAUCAGACUCCUUUCGCUCCGAUCGGGAGGAUUCCACAGGUUCCUCACACGUUCGCAUACUUCGAGGAGACAUACGGAGUCAUCAACGAAAAGCAGGUCUCCAUCGCCGAGUCAACAUGCAGCGGAGUUUUUGGCGCCAAACCUGCAGGGCAAGGCGGCAAGGCGAUCAUGAGCGUCGACACCUUGUCGCAGCUGGCCAUGGAGCGAGCAGCGACCGCGCGGGAGGCCGUUCAGAUUAUGGGAGAUCUCGCGGUCAAGUAUGGGUUCUACGGGGCAGGAUCCUUCGAGGGAACAGCUGAGUCCCUGCUGGUUGGAGACCCCAACGAGGGAUGGGUCUUCCACAUACUGCCGGACGACACGGGAACCUCUGCGAUUUGGGUCGCCCAGAAAGUCCCUGAUGGGCAUGUCACGAUCGUUGCCAACAUGUUCAUCAUCCGGGAGGUCAACCUAGCGGACAGCGAAAAUUUCCUGGGGUCACCCAACAUGUUCUCGAUCGCCCAGUCCAAGGGAUGGUGGACCCCGGGGAGCAAGUUUGACUUCACCGCAAUCUUCAGUGACGGCGAAUAUGCACACAAGUUCUAUACCGGACGGCGGAUCUGGCGUGCCUACGAUAUCCUUGCACCUUCUAGCAAGUUUCCCACCACAUACAAAGACAUACGAUACUCCAGUCCCUAUCCCUUCAGCAUCGCCCCCGAUACAAAAGUGGAGUUGGCGACGGUCAUGGCUAUCAUGAGGGACUCACUUGAGGGGACGCCAUUUGACAUGACAGCUGGGCUGGCUGCUGGACCUUUUGGCAGCCCCGACCGCUGGAUAGGCGGUGAUGGUGAAUCAAAGGUAGCUGGGAACUGGGAGCGACCGAUAGCACUCUUCAGGACGUCAGACUCGUACGUCGCUCAAAGCAGGAAGUGGCUGCCAGCUCAAGUCGGAGGACUCGUCUGGUUCGGACCGCAUGGAGCUCACGCGACCGUCUACGUCCCUUUUGCAAUCGGCAUGCAGGACCUGCCUCCAGCGUACAAGAUCGGCAACCCUUCGAAACUUGACAGGAGAUCAGCAUACUGGGCACACAGGUAUGUGGAGAACUUGGCAAACCUGAGGUGGUCGGACAUGAUCAAAGACAUCCGAGCUCAAUCAAGCAAGUGGGAAGAAACUUCGAAAGCUCUGGUCGGAAAGGUGGACCAGAUAGGAUUGAAAGAUCCCAAGAAGAUGACCGACCUCUACAUCGCAAAUGCCAAUGGAGUCAUCAAGUCAUGGUGGAAGCUAGCUGAUGACCUCAUGGAAAAGUACGCCGAUGGAAACGUCUAUGGGAAACCCGUCGGGUAUCCUGCCUGGUGGCUGCAAGCGGCAAUCCUUGCUCAUCCUCCUGUGGUUGGCUAUCCCAACGGACCUCCGCCAGUCCCCUCCACUGCAAUGCAGAUGUUCAAUCGCAAGCAUCGAGGCCGCAAGGAGCUGAAGCCACAAGAGGCUCUUGUGUCAUGAAUGCUCAGACUGAGC